AUGCGCUGUGGCUCCUUUGGCUUUGCUGGUUCAGACCCAAGCUCCGAUCCGUCGGAUCCGCCCGGGGAAAAAAAACUUGGUGUUUUUCCAGGUCUCAGGUCACCCUUGCAGGCAGAUGAGACCUGCGAGGCGGUGACAGAUCCAGAGUCCAGGAAAAAAGCUUCGCCGCUCAGGACUCGUGGUGAUGCUCCCGCCAACACACCUGGAGGCCUGGGAGAUGAGGCAGGCUUGAUCACUUUCCACUUAGCGACGGAUGGACGGCGCUGGCAGGUUUCCCAUGUGCUCCCUGAUCGGGUGAGCGGAGACAUGCAGAUGGUGGGAGAACACAUCGAUGGUGGAGUCCUUAGCCGAUUUCGUCGCGCAGAUGAAGAGAUGGUGCUGGUCCUGAGAAGCCUACAAGGGACCACCAAGACCUUUGUGGCCCGGCCAGGGCAGCAGUGGCAGCUUUUGGGACCUGUGGAGGAUGCACGCAAAGCUCGUGUGACCUGCUUGGGCAACAUUCGCAGAAGUGCCACGGCGCAUCGGAUGAUGGCUCUGGGUCACCGUGGUGGACUGGUGUCGCUGUGGCAAUUCGAGGGGGCGUCCCCUUGGAAGGAGGUUGGGCAGAUGAAGGUUUCUCACCAUGACUGGGAGAGCGUAACCCUGGCAGUGCUGAGCGAGGAUGGCAGCCUGCUGUUGGCAGCGAGCCAGGACAACGUGAUGCUGUUCUCCCUCCCCGAUGACAACGAAGCCGUUGAGCUAAAACAUCUCCAUGGAGGGGCUUCGCAGAUCUCUGCGGCUUCCAUUGCAUCUCUGCCGGGCGCGGGGAAGCUGGUGGUCCUGGCGUACCAACGGGGUGGCCUAGAAGGUUGGACAGUGGAUCCAGUGGAUCCAGUGGAUCCAGUGGAUCCUCCUUUGGUCCACGUGGCGUGGAACAUCCCCAGGGACGGAGUCAUGGUCAUUAGUUGCCUGGACUUGGCUGUGGCCAGUGUGGAUCAGGAGCUCCCUGCACUGAUGCUGGCCGCGGGUGAUGCCUCUGGCAGCGUCACAGUCUGGUCCUUGACGGCUGCCGGGGACCUGGCCUCGCCCAAGGGCUCGGGCCGCUGGUCCGGGAUGGCCUCUAAACGCUGGCCCAAGGGGCAACCGGUGGCAGGCUUGCGGCUUCUGCACAUCAAACCUGCGCUGGUGGGCAUCCUUCGCUAUGGACAGCAGAAGGCGCAGUGGCUUUUGGCUGUCGCCUCGGGCAAGGAUGUGAUCGUGCUGGAUGGUUUGACCGGACAAGAGAUUCACCAUGGAGUGGCAAAGCAACCACACCUGGUGCAAGCGAUGGAGUGGCGCUGAU